AUGACAGUUACACCAACCCCAGAACAGAAGCGAAUCUUUUUGUCAUCCCUCAGGAGAUCCCUCGGUCAGCUCGGCCUCGACAUCGUCCAUCCCUUUGCUGCCCAAAGCAACCCCAUGCCGACAUUUAGCCAGACCUCGACCCUGUCUAUCAUCGUCGGAAGCCACAAGACCUUCUGGAAGACCUUCCUCGCCCAGCACUACCCUUCAAAGUUCAACUCCGAGGCAGAAGCCAAAGACCCCAUGGACCACUACUGUGAGCGGCUCAUCCCCAGAGUCACCCUCCAAGCCCUCCAGGACGCUCAAUUGUGUUCGGACAAGGAAGGCCAGGAACUCACGACGACAUUCUCGGUCGCCUUUUCGCACUGGAGGAUCACGGUACCCCCUGCAGGAACGCCUCCACCUGGAUCAAAGCCUACAGGCUUUGUCGCACCGCCUGCCACCACGCUUCCUAUCCAACACGUUGCUCAGGCCGCAGGAUUCGCCUACUUUAACCCCAUUGCGUUCCUGAACGUUCAUCCUGUUUACGGUCCUUGGUUCGGCAUGCGAGCGAUUGUGAUGGUUGAUUUGCCCUAUGACCUCUCGGACAAUGCGGAGUUGUUGAUUACGGAGACUAACAAGACAGGCACCUAUUCCCGGGAUUCCAAGCCGAUUGAGGUCAACCCUGCGUUUGAGAAGCUGGCACCCGAGGAGAUUGAGGUUAGGAAUGCAGCAUUGGAGGUGACCAAGACGGCGCUGUUGACGAAGGGCUGGAAUGCGGAGGAUUGGAUGGACUGGGUUGCGUUCCGCCAGAGCCUGACGCAGGACAGGCCAGAGUGGAUUCCCUGGCGGUACUCUGAUAACCAGAUGCGGUACCACUACCAGAAGAAGCCCGAGUUCCUGGAGGAGUGCGCUAUCAAGUUCCAGCAAGGCCAGGAGCAGUGCACCUCUCCUAUCUAG